AUGGGAAUAAAAUUUCUUGAGUUCGUGAAGCCGUUCUGCGGCUUCGUGCCGGAGGUCUCGAAACCGGAGCGGAAGAUCCAAUUCCGGGAGAAGAUGCUUUGGACAGCAAUCACCUUGUUCGUUUUCCUCGUGUGUUGCCAAAUCCCACUUUUCGGAAUUAUGUCCACCGAUUCUGCUGACCCAUUCUACUGGCUUCGAGUAAUUUUGGCAUCAAACAGAGGUACAUUGAUGGAACUUGGAAUCUCACCCAUUGUAACAUCUGGACUUAUCAUGCAAUUGUUGGCUGGUGCAAAGAUCAUUGAGGUUGGGGAUACCCCGAAAGAUCGAGCUCUCUUCAACGGAGCACAGAAAUUGUUCGGUAUGGUUAUCACUGUCGGGCAAGCUAUUGUCUAUGUGAUGUCUGGCCUAUAUGGCGACCCAUCUGAGAUUGGCGCCGGAAUCUGCUUGCUCAUUGUGGUUCAACUGGUUAUCGCUGGUCUUAUCGUUCUUCUGCUUGAUGAGCUACUCCAGAAAGGUUAUGGUCUUGGUUCUGGAAUUUCCCUCUUUAUUGCAACAAACAUCUGCGAGACCAUCGUGUGGAAAGCUUUCUCACCAGCAACUAUGAACACUGGACGAGGAACCGAGUUUGAAGGUGCCGUAAUCGCAUUGUUCCAUCUUCUCGCGACACGAAGUGACAAGGUUCGCGCUCUCCGCGAGGCUUUCUACCGCAAUAAUCUGCCGAACCUUAUGAAUCUCAUGGCUACUUUUGUUGUCUUCGGUGUUGUCAUCUACUUCCAGGGCUUCCGUGUUGACCUUCCUAUAAAAUCGGCUCGCUAUCGUGGUCAGUACAGCAGCUAUCCAAUCAAGUUGUUCUACACGUCUAAUAUUCCUAUUAUUCUUCAAUCAGCACUUGUCUCGAAUCUUUAUGUCAUCUCACAAAUGCUCGCCGCAAAAUUCGGAGGGAACUUCCUUGUUAACUUGCUCGGAACAUGGUCUGACGCAUCAGGAAGCUACCGCAGUUAUCCUACCGGAGGUAUCUGCUACUACCUCUCGCCUCCCGACACUCUUUCCCAUGUUCUGGAGGAUCCCAUUCACUGCAUCAUCUACGUGAUUUUCAUGCUAGGAUCAUGCGCCUUCUUCUCGAAGACGUGGAUCGAUGUGUCUGGCUCUUCUGCUAAGGACGUAGCUAAGCAGCUGAAGGAGCAACAAAUGGUGAUGCGUGGUCAUAGAGAAAAGUCGAUGAUUCACGAGCUCAACCGAUACAUCCCCACCGCAGCCGCUUUCGGUGGACUGUGUAUUGGUGCAUUGUCUGUAACUGCAGACUUUAUGGGAGCAAUAGGAAGUGGAACUGGUAUUCUUCUCGCUGUGACGAUCAUUUAUCAGUACUUUGAGAUCUUUGUUAAAGAGCAACAAGAGAUGGGAGGCAUGGCAGCCAUGUUCUUCUAA